AUGGAGUGUCUCUUCCAACUUCAAGCACACCGGUAGUAAUGUUGCCAUUGCAUUGCAGGUUUGCCUUUUCUUUGGGCAAGCUGGCAGGGUGGCCACCAGGGCGGUCUCUCAUGUGAGCUUUGAAUUUAAAGGUGAAGGAACGCUUCAAGCAUCCAAUUCUGAGAGUUGGAUCAAAGGUGGGUCCAAAGGUGGCAUUAUGGGGCACUGGCCAGCUAGUCUGCUAGAUCUGAGCCUGCAAUCCUCAGCAACAAAUGCUCACUGACCCCAGUGCCAGUUCUGUGAAUCAGGGCUGCUGAUAUAGAUUAUCCGAGGACGGGGCUGAGAUGAUGGAUCUGGGGAGCUUACGGGCGAGCUUUCACUGCAUUGUGAGGCCCACGGUUGCAGGAUGCACAAUGCUGCUGCUGGCGCUGCUGCUGAUUGCUUGCCUUCAGUCGGAUGAGAACAUGUUGGAGAAGGCCGCCUCUGGUCAGUUCCUGAUCCAAGGCGUCAGCUUUACAACCCUCCUGAACAUCGACAAUGAGGAGAUUAGAGCAGAGAGGACGGGACAGCUUGAGGACCUAAUGAGCGUGGCACUAGCAGAAGGUGAAACUCGUGAGUUCCAAGUGCAGAAUACGAGUCUGACAGAAGCUAGAAGUCCUACCAGGGACAAUGCUGCGCAAGACAGGGGGGUUGCAGACUUGGAAGUGACAGUCCCUGAUGGACCUUUGGAAGAGAGGAGCAUGGAGGCGUUGCAAGGGGAAGGUUCUGCAGGGUACUCUGAGGACACUGUCAUUGAGGAGCAAGCAGUUCAACUGCCAUGGGUUGACCAAGCUGUUCCCUACCAGUGGGAGCAGUGUGGCCGCAAAGGGCACGAACUGGGGAAAGCCACGUGCGUGUAUGGUCCUGGGGCCAGGGGGGCUAAAGUGAUGGAGCCAACCUACUUCUUCAUCAACGUGUUCAACUGGAAGGACAACUGCUAUGCUCGGAUGACCGGCCCUGCUAUCUUUGUCGUGAAAAUGAAGUUUGAGGGCCUGCACAUCUUGAGGGGAAGCUACACAGCCCAUGAGCCUGGCGAGUACCAGCUGUGGAUCUCCUGCAAGACCUCCCAUGCCAACGGGACGGUCCGCGCUCUCCCCCCAAACUCCAAAUUCGUCCCCUGGCAUCACCACGAACUCAUUGCGGAAAGCCCCAUAACCCUCACUGUUCUCCCAAACCCGAAAGUUGCCCCGCGAGGUUGUCAACCGUGUACUGGUCCUGAUGUUGGCACACUAGGAGGGCAGUGGAUUUCAAAGGGGGUUCUGGCGGAUCAGUGCGGAUUGGAAGCGGUUGGGGCGGUGGAGGAGUGGCAUGAUGACGAACACGUGUGGGUGCCCCGGCAAUGCACGCUACCGUUCUUCUCAAGGGAGGAGUUUGGACGGCGCUUUGCGGGAGCGGACCUGAUUCUCAUGGGGGAUUCCACGGUCCGAGGCACGUUCUGCGACCUCCAGAACUGGCUGCACUUCAAGAACGGCCCCGAAUUCUUCUCCGGACCGUACGAGAUGCACACAGACGGCAGCAGCAGCUGGGACUACCGCACGUGCGGCUACAACGACCUGCAGCCGGUCAGCAAGAACUUCGCGGUGGUUUCUCCAAACCCGUUCCAGUUUGAGGACGUCCGUAUCCGGUACAUCGAAGCGCGAGAACCGGAGACGUUUGCGACAGCCCAGGCCGAGGUCUGGAAGCACGUGGAAGCCCACCCCGAGCGGACCUACCGGGCAGUCCUGGCCAACUUCGGCCUGUGGUGGUGGCACCGGUACAGCCCGGUUUGCGCGCCCACGUCACUCAUCCGGAUCUUGUUGGACCAUUUGCGAUGCAAGCGCGACAGCCCAAUGCCCAUCCCUUUGGAAGAAGGAAUCGACCCCUUCGACUGCGACUGGAAAUCAGGGUUGCGAAAUCUUGGUUUACCCGUAACUGGAGAGGGUUACAAUGCGAGCGUGGGGGGCGAGUGGGAGGUUAAGGACGUGGUCAAGGCGCGGUGCGUGGAGCCGUUCCCGGGGAGAGUCGUGUACCGUUCGAUCACCGGAAAGUUUGACGACCACAACAUGUGCACGGAGGGGUACAAGCACGUGUUUGACGUCGGGGAGGUGUGCGCCCAGAAGCUGGAGACCGACCGCAUGCUGCUGGAGAGCUUUGGUGGCACCGCCAGCUGGGACCGGAAUCCGUUGCUGAUGGACGUCUUCGACAUGGUCUACGCGAGGCCGGAUCGAUCGCUCGAUAGCUACCACUUCUUCUCCCACAAGUGCAUCGAGAAACCCUGCGGAACCCUCACGUGGAAGUACGAGCGGUGCUGCUAUGUGGGCAACGUGGCGCCCUGGAGCGGUUCCAUGAGCAUGACCAACCUGUUCCUGCACCAGCUGGCGUCCGACCCACUGCUGACCGGUCGUGCGGUAACGGGUCUUCAGGAUUCAGCGUAGCAUCCACUUGUCCAAAGCGUGGUCGGGCAGUAAAGAGAUGAGUCUAUGUGGCCAAGCCUUUUGCGUCUUUGCGUCUAAAUUAUCUCAGUUCCUAGCGUUAAUCUUAUUGUGCCGGCGUAUAAGUAUCUAGAGCAGCAGGCCGGUGUAUCAAUGUGCCGGGUUCAAGUAGAGCAACAGGCCGGUGUGUGAACGAAAGUGCAGACAAGUACGUCAAUAACAGUUACGGACGGAGGUGGUACUGAUGAAGUAGUGACAGCACUAAGAUAGUCAAAGCUAGCGAGCAUAUGGGUCAAAGAGUUGCAUGCGUUGUUGGUAGUCGGCACUGGCAAUCUCAGUGAUUGACCAGAGGUAUGUCAAAUGAUAUGAGGCAAUUGCAGAAUGUGAAAGCCGCUAAAUCUUCGAUCUGACUGUUGCUUAUGAAACAAGAUGCUCAC